GACAUCCGCCAUGGCCACCUUUACGGGCUGCACACUCCACCGCGGGUGCUCCCGCAAGCAGAGGCCACAUCUCACCAAGAUGGAACGGGUGAUCGUGAGUAUGCAGGACCCGGACCAGGGCGUGAAGAUGCGAAGCCAGCGCCUUCUGAUCACCGUCAUUCCCCACGCUGUAGCGGGCAGAGACAUCGUGGAAUGGCUGGUCCGGAAGUUCUGCAUCUCCGAGGAGGAAGCCCUGCACCUGGGCACACUCCUGGCGCAGCACGGCUACAUCUACCCCCUGCGUGAGUCGGGAGGCCUGAUGCUCCGGCAGGAUGAGACACCCUACAGGUUUCAGACACCCUACUUCUGGACAAGCACGCUGUGGCCAGCUGCUGAGCUAGACUAUGCCAUCUACCUGGCUAAGAAGAACAUCCAGAAACAAGGGGCCCUGGCAGACUAUGAGAAGGAACACUAUGCCCAGCUGAACAAGAAGAUCAACCAUGCGUGGGAUCUAGUAGUGAUGCAGGCUCGAGAGCAGCUGCGGGCGGCGAAACAGCGCCGCAAGGGAGACAGGCUGGUCAUUUCGUGUCAGGAGCAGACAUACUGGCUGGUGAACAAGUCCCCUCCUGGGGCACCUAACGUCUUGGAGCAGGGUCCUGAGAGAGGCUCUUACAACUCCAGCCGCAUGCAGGCGAGCUCGGAUUUCUAUAGGUGUGAGAUUGAGUGCUUCAGGAAGGCGCUGGGCCGGAACCGGGUGAAGUCCUCUGCCUGCCUUGAGGCGUACCUGAAGUUCAGCAGCCAGCACGGCCCGCAUGAUCCCAUCAUGUCAGGGUGCCUGCCCAGCAACCCCUGGAUCACAGAUGAUGUCACCUACUGGGCCAUGAAUUCGCCCAACGCGGCUGCUCCUACAAAGCUCCGUGUUGAGCGAUGGAGCUUCAGCUUCCGGGAGCUCCUGGAUGACCCGGUGGGGCGUGCCCACUUCAUGGACUUCCUCCAGAAGGAGUUCAGUGCGGAAAACCUCAGCUUCUGGGAGGCCUGUGAGGAGCUGCGCUUUGGCGGACAGGCCCAGGUCCCUGCCUUGGUGGAUGCUGUGUAUCAGCAGUUUCUGGCCCCUGGAGCUGCCCGCUGGAUCAACAUUGACAGCCGGACGAUGGAGUGGACCCUGGAGGGGCUGCGACAGCCACACCGCUAUGUGCUGGAUGCAGCGCAGCUGCACAUCUACAUGCUCAUGAAGAAGGACUCCUAUCCAAGGUUCCUCAAGUCUGACUUGUACAAAGGCCUGCUGGAGGAAGCUGUGAUCCCACUGGAGACCAAGCGCUGGGCAUUUCCAUUCUUGAGGAAGCCUCUGCACUCAAGCCCUAGCCCUGCCCUCCAAUCUACCCCUGGGGAGCCUGCGGCAGCCAGCACCCCCACAAGUGGCAAUGGGCAGUAGAUGGAUACUGGGCCCCAGCACUGGUACCUCCCUGUGUAGAGAGGCCCUUUAGCCUCCACUAAGUAAGUCAUCCCCUGCCUAGUCUGGCCCAGCCACUGAUUCCUAGGGAAAGAUUUCAUUGGCUGACCCUUGCCAGGACAACUUGUUCUAGAAGAAGGGUAAAAUCAGGGUCCUCAGGGUUCCUGGUAUUCUGGAGGGUACAGUUCAGGACAGGUAGCUAUUUCAACUCUAGAUGUUAAGUCAGUGACACAGGAGGAGUUGUCUCUGGCCACACUACCCUAUUCAGAG